CCUCCAACGGACAGCAAGAAACUGCUUGUUAGUUCGCGCCAGCGAGGAAACCCACUUCUUGAAUUGAUUCGCCACGUUGUAUGGGAGUAUGCUGAGAUCGAACCUGACUAUGUAUUUGGCCCGACUCAAUGUGGUUUCUUUCUCAGUUUAAGAUACCAUAAUCUCAAUCCAGGAUACAUUUUUGAGAGAUUGCAAAAGCUUACAUCAGCGUAUAAACUCAUUGUUCUGAUUGUUCUGGUUGACGUGCUCCGUCAGUCCCCUGUUCGUGUCCUGGCGUGCUUUCAACCUGUUACCUCGGCCCACGCAAGGCUAGACGUUAAUCCAAUUGCCGAAGGCUCAAGGGCAAAAGCAAAAUCAUUCCUCUCGGCUAUGACUAAUAUCUAA